GGGGAGGUGGAGUGGGGCGAGGAUGAUGGCGGCAGGUGGAGUUGAUGAAGUGUGAAAAAAAGAAAAAAGAAAUAAGCUCCACAACCCGCCUGUCAACGAAAGCACACAAUUGGCCAGGACGGAGCUCAUCAACAACUGCUCCCAAGAGGAAAAAAGGUCGCGUCCUCUCUCUUCUCCUCGGCCGAUUGGGCGCCUCCUCCCCCCUUGAGUCCUCCGAGCCCUUCAUCCGGCCCUCGUUCCUGUGGAGACGUCUUCUCCGACCUGGCAGCUUAGCAUCGGCAUCGAGAUCUGCUACCAGAACACAUCCUGCCCCCGUUGAGCCCUCGACCAUCAAGCUAGCUCCAAGCAGAUGCAAAAAAAUGAUGUGCAGAACCACCCAAUGUGGUCAUAUUCACCGCACUGCAAUACCCUGCUCCGUAAUGUAAUUUCCUCAGCACUCCGCGCCAAUUUAUGUUUUUGCCCACGCAAACCAUGGCCUGCAUAGCAAUUUUUUUCAUGUCGCAUUACAUGUAUUCCCGCCCGCCCGCCGAUGUUCGCAUUAGCCCAUGCGCUCUCUACAGGGGCAACAGGGUAUAUAAACCAAAAGAGUCUACAUGCCCCACAGCCCUCGCAAGAUCCAACAAAAUGCUAGGCUAUCAAACACGGCAUAGGACAGAUGAAUGCAAACGGCUCUCACCAGGUUCACGAGCCAGGCAAGCCUUAAACCAAAGCUCCCAAGGCUCCCAAUCCACCACCGAGGAUGGGGCACCCGUCACAGAACCAGCUCCGAACACCCCAGGACCAAAGCCGGGCAAAUCAGCUCCAGCAACACCCAAGCCUGUCGCACCAACUCCAAGGACCCCCAUCCCAGCUCCGGGGAUACCUAAGCCAACCAUGGGACCAGCCAAACCAGUCCUAUCGAGUCCAGAAAUACCCCCCAUAAGAACUCCAGAGGCAGUCAGGCCAGCCAAACCAGCUCCAGGGAAACCCAAGCCAGCCAUGCCAAGGCCAGAGGACCCAUACAACCCAUACGCAUCAGAGUCGCCCCAACCCGAAAAAUCAUUCACGGCCGUUGGCAGAACAUUCACAACCGGCUGGACAUUGUUCAAUGGGAAGAAGUCCGUCUCGGGGACGAUCGAAAUAGGCGCGACCGGUACGUUCGUCAUGCUGUUCAUCGCCAAAUCACCGGAGCCGAAUCCUGGGGUACCGACGACGGCAGAAAGGUCAGCACCAGUGAGACCAUCUUGUCCGGAGCACAUGCUUCCAACGCAGGGUGCAGCACUGGAGAUCUGGAAGAGCGACAGGAUCAUGGCCAAUGCGGCAGCGAGGGACUUGUACAUGGGAGACAUUGUUGAGAAAUGGAGAAGAGUUGAGUAGAUAUGUGUAUGUGUAUUUUUUUAGAGAUUGCGAAGACUGGUUUUUUUUGUCAAAGUCGAAGCUGAAACUGGGAGCUGGAUACCGUCUCCAUUUGCGGGUGUCCUGCUCUGCUUUUAUAGAUGGAGGAGAAUGCGUCGAGACCAGAGGAACACAAAUGGAUGGCAGUUAUUAGUUUAAGUGGAUCAAAGUUCAUUUAUCCGAAUCCAGCUGAUAAAACAGUGGCGAAAUUGGUUCCGGGAAUGCCAGUAAACUCUUUUU